AUAGUCGGUGGCAGCGGGGACCGCUGUUGGCAGCCGGUUUCGGGUUGGGCAGCAGAGAGGGACAGACACCCCGAGGAGACCGCUCGGCUGUCUGGCUCCAGUCGUGGCCUGGCUUGGGGCACUCCCAGCUCCGGACCACAGCCAACAAGAAUAAAGUACAACAAAACAGAGGCCUACGUCUGUGCAUAUACAUCGCCUCUGGAUUCCUAUAAAGUGAUUUUCAAGAAUAAGAAACUGCGCUACACGCCGCCUUCCAAGACAAUGGCGUCUUAUGUGGAUAACCGCUUUCGGCAGGCUGUGAUGAUGAAUCCGUCUGAACGGACGCAACAGGACCUGGAGAUUGUUUACUCGUAUCUCCAUGGGAUGGAGGCUCUGUCCAACCUGCGGGAGCACCAGCUGAGAAUAAUGUGCGAGACGGUGCGAUACGAGAGACACGAGGCCAACGAAGUGCUUUACUACCCGGAUGAUGUGGGAAGCUGUUGGUACAUCCUGUUGUCAGGCUCGGUUUUCAUCAAGGAGUCCAUGUUUCUCCCAAGAAGCAGUUUUGGGAAGCGAUCAGCAGGCAGCCUGCGGCGUGGAUGUGAAUGCAUCGUCCUUGAACCCUCAGAAAUGAUUGUGGUGGACUAUAUGGAUGAAAAUGAGGAGUACUUUCAGCGACAAGCCUCGCACCGACAGUCCCGGCGGCGCUUUCGGAAGAUCAACCAGAAAGGCGAGCGACAGACUAUCAUCGACACGGUGGACCCGUACCCCACUGGAAAGCCGCCCGUAGCCCGGGGUUACCACACGGAAUGCAAUAAACCGAAGAAGCUCCCUGCAGACUUCAGCAGACUACACCUGGCCGACGGCUUACACCCACAGGUGACCCACGUCUCGUCCAGCCACUCAGGAUGUAGUAUCACCAGUGACUCUGGAAGCAGCAGCCUGUCAGACAUUUACCAGGCCACAGAGAACGAGCCAGGCGACAUGGACCUGAGCGGCCUGCCCGAGACCGCCGUGGACUCCGAGGAGGACGAUGACGAGGAGGACAUCGAGCGAGCCUCCGACCCCCUGAUGAGCCGGGACAUCGUCCGGGACUGCCUGGAGAAGGACCCCAUGGACCGGACGGAUGAUGACAUAGAGCAAUUACUGGAGUUCAUGCAUCAGCUGCCAGCGUUCGCUAACAUGACCAUGUCGGUGAGGAGGGAGCUGUGCGCGGUCAUGGUGUUCGCCGUGGUGGAGCGAGCCGGCACCAUCGUUCUCAAUGAUGGAGAAGAGCUGGACUCAUGGUCGGUGAUCCUGAACGGCUCGGUGGAGGUGACCUACCCUGACAGCCGGACAGAGAUGCUGUGCAUGGGGAACAGCUUCGGUGUGUCUCCAACCAUGGAGAAGGAAUUUAUGAAAGGCGUCAUGAGGACCAAGGUGGACGACUGCCAGUUUGUAUGCAUAGCCCAGCAGGACUACUGCUGCAUCCUCAACCAGGUGGAGAAGAACAUGCAGAAGGUUGAGGAGGAAGGAGAGAUCGUCAUGGUGAAGGAACACCGUGAACUGGAUCGUACUGGCACCAGGAAAGGACAUAUUGUCAUCAAGGGCACGCCUGAGCGUCUCACCAUGCACCUGGUGGAGGAGCACUCAGUGGUGGAUCCUACCUACAUCGAGGACUUCCUGUUGACCUACAGGACCUUCCUCUCCAGCCCCAUGGUCGUGGGAAAGAAGCUCCUGGAGUGGUUUCACGACCCAAGUCUCAGGGACAAGGUUACACGGGUAGUCUUGCUGUGGGUAAACAAUCACUUUAAUGACUUCGAGGGAGACCCUGCCAUGACCCACUUUCUGGAGGAGUUUGAGAGCAAUCUGGAGAAGGAGAAAAUGUGUGGGCACCUCAGACUGUUAAACAUAGCGUGUGCUGCUAAAGCCAAGCCGCGGCUGGUGACGCUGACCAAGCCGUCCAGAGACUCUCCUCUGGCCUUCACCCUCCUCGGAGGUCAAGAGAAAGGUUUCUGCAUCUUCAUUGAUGCCGUGGAGCCAGGGAGCAAGGCAGCAGAGGCCGGACUCAAGCGUGGAGAUCAGGUGACUUUCACAUGAAAAGAUAUUUGUGAAGUCCUCAAUGUGGUUUUUGUUUGAAUAUUUUCCAGUUUUAUUUAGCCCUCUGGCAUCCUCAAAAGCUUUUUAAUGUCUUUCUCUUGACAACUGUGAAGAACAAUCUCAAAGUUAUCUUUUUUUCCACUUGAAGCUCAUUUUUCUUGUGAAAUUGGUUUUAUAUUAUGACCUAACUGGCAUUAAAAGGCUUCCCUUUGAGAAGUCUUAAACUGAACUCUCUAGUAGCUGCAGGCACCCUGUAGACUUUCUCCUCGCAACUUGACAUCCCAGCCAGUUUCACACUCUGCAGGCCUCUCAGCUGUAAGCAAAGGCUCUUAAUCCUUGAAACCAUCUCACAAGUGUCUGGGUGUGUGUUAAGCCCUCUGGACACCAAACAUCCUCUGCAGCUGUUUCUUCCAAACGGAAGCUGUCUUACUUGGUAGCAUUUACCCCCUUUACACCAGUCACACUGUCCAUGUUUUACCCACUUCACCCUGUGAUUCAGGACCUUCAAACUCACAGCUUUAGUGUUAUUUUAGAUGUCACAAAAUCGUGAUGUGCUGC